AUGUUACCUACUUCCCCAGCUAAAAUACUAAUUGGCCUCUCCUUAGACCCAGAUGACAGCAAGGAGCUUCUCUCAUGGGCAAUAAGAAUUCUAGCCAAUCCAAAUGACACCAUUGUGGCCGUGCAUGUUCUUGCUUCUGAGGAUAAGAAGAAGCGUGCCUCAAUCAGAAGAAGGCAAUCACAACUAAGGCAGGCAAAAGCAUACGUUAUAUCUGUGCUUGCAGAAUUCGCACAGACAUGUUGGUCUAAUCAGGUUAAUUUGGAGGCCAGAGUGGCACUCAGUUCCACAGUAGGUGGAGGUUUAGUCGAGGAAGCUAAGUCCAUCUCAGCUGACUUUCUUCUUCUUCGUGGUUCAAGAAACCAAACUAAAAAAAUUGGAACCUCUAAAGGAAUUACCAAGUAUUGCUUUGAGCAUGCACAUGAAGGUUGCACGAUGGUCUCAGUUGGGAGACGUAAGCAAAGUGUCAAGUCAAAUCCUACAAAGUUUGAAGAAACGAAGGCACAGAGCCGUUCACCAACAACGGUACUAGAUGGAAUCGAGGGACAAUCGAACAGCACAGAAGAUGAUACCUUUAGCACUAGGGUCUCAAGCAUCACAGAUAUCCCUUCAUUGGGUCCUAAGAAUAAGAGCCAAUCCAAGUUAAGAAAAUUACGCUCCCCAUUCAGGCUCAUAGUUUCAUUCCUUGGUUCACCAUUCAGAAGAAGAAAAUUUAACAUAUCCAAAAAUGGAAAACGUCAACCUUUGUUGAAGUGCUUCAGCUAUGAGCAGAUAUCCAAUGCUACUAAUGACUUCCAUCUAGAUAAUUUGGUUGGACGAGGUGGGUACUCGGAAGUAUACAGAGGUGAUCUUUCUGAUGGAAGAUCCAUUGCUGUGAAGAGGUUGGCCAAGGACAAUAAGGAUCCUAACAAGGAAAAAGAGUUCCUUAUGGAGUUGGGUGUUAUAGGACAUGUCUGCCAUCCUAAUACUGCUUCUUUAGUGGGCUGCUGCAUUGAAAAUGGGCUCUAUUUGAUUCUCAAUUACUCUCAAAAUGGAAACUUGGCAACUGCAUUGCAUGGUAAAUCAGGAAAUUCACUUGACUGGCCAAUCAGAUACAAAAUUGCUAUGGGAGUUGCAAGGGGUCUCCAUUAUCUUCAUAAAUGCUGUAAACACCGAAUAAUUCAUCGUGACAUUAAAGCCUCCAAUGUUCUUCUAGGUCCUGAUUAUGAGCCACAGAUUACCGAUUUCGGGCUAGCAAAGUGGCUUCCUAACAAGUGGACUCACCAUGCUGUAAUCCCAGUGGAGGGCACAUUUGGAUACCUAGCACCAGAGUGCUUUAUGCAUGGAAUCGUGGAUGAGAAAACAGAUGUUUUUGCAUUUGGAGUUCUUCUUAUGGAGAUUGUAACUGGACGGAGACCAGUUGAUUCAUCAAAGCAAAACAUUCUCCUAUGGGCAAAGCCUCUCAUGGAAUCAGGGAAUAUUGCUGAGCUAGCUGAUCCAACAAUGGAAGGUAAAUAUGAUGAAGAGCAGCUGUAUAGGGUAGUGCUAACGGCUUCAUACUGUGUGAGACAAAUUGCCACGUGGCGUCCUCCAAUGAGCGAGGUGUUAGAGCUGCUAACCAAUGGCGAGGACUGUGAGGUUGGAAAGAGCUUGAGGAUCCCAAAGUUCACUUCUGAUGAAUUGGAUGAUUACUCUAUGGUUUUCGGAUAUGAUGUCCCCUCAGACAUAUCUCUGGAGGAAUUUUUGAGAGAAUAA